GCGCAUGAGAAGAAGUGACAGCAUGCGCCGAGCUGUCAGUGUGCAAAAGUCAGGGAAACGCGUUUUCGCUCGUUUUGCGGAAAAUCAGUGAAAACUCCAUCUGCAGUGGACGGAAAUGAUGUCAGGACAUGACUUGUCGCGGAAUGAAGUGAUCCAGCUUCUGCUGCGCGUGGGAAUCGCGUCGCUGGUUACGUUUUUCUCUCUCAAAUACCUUAUGAAUGCCCUGGAUCCCACGAAGCAGAGCAAGAAGAAGGCCAAGAAUCGGGCAGAGCACCAGCUUAAGAGGCUGAAGAACAUGGAGGGAGUUUCCGUGGACCCGAGCUCAUUCUCUGAGUAUGAACUGGUCAUUGCCAGUCACCUCAUCAUUCCGGAAGAUAUCACAGUGACGUGGAAGGAUAUCGCGGGUCUGGACACGGUGAUACGCGAACUGAGGGAGAGUGUCGUUCUGCCCAUUCACUAUCGCAGCAUGUUUCACAAGUCGCAACUCUAUCAGGCGCCCAAAGGGGUGCUCCUGCACGGGCCACCGGGCUGCGGGAAGACCCUCAUCGCCAAGGCGACGGCCAAGGAAGCUGGCAUGCGAUUCAUCAAUCUCGACGUGGCGAUGCUGACGGACAAGUGGUACGGCGAGUCCCAAAAGCUGGCUUCUGCUGUCUUCACUCUGGCUGAAAAGCUGCAGCCAUGUAUUAUCUUCAUCGACGAGAUUGAGUCUUUCCUGCGAUCGCGCAACGUGAACGACCACGAAGCCACCGCGAUGAUGAAGACACAGUUCAUGGCGCUCUGGGACGGCCUCAGCACAGAGACUGGCUCGAUAGUUAUCGUGAUGGGGGCCACGAAUCGCCCUCAAGAUCUGGACAAAGCCAUCCUGCGUCGAAUGCCUGCGCAGUUCCAUAUUGGACUCCCAUCAGAAGAGCAGCGCGGUCGGAUUCUUCGCCUCAUUCUCUCAACCGAAGCCAUAACUGACGAUGUUGACUUCCACCGGAUGGCCAAGCUGACCACCGGCUUUUCCGGCAGUGAUUUGCGAGAACUCUGCCGACAUGCGUCCGUCUAUCGCAUCCGGGAGCUUAUGGACGACUUCGACAGUGCGGGAGGAGUUGCUAGGGCCUCGUCAACUUCGCGUCCGCCUCCCGCCAUCUCCAUGGAGGAUCUCCUCAACUCCUUCGCGAAGAUGCGCGAGAAUAAGCUGCACACGGGUCUCCUGUCGGCACUGGAGAGCCGCAUUGAUCUCGAUUGAAGCGCCUGGUCAAGGGACAAAUUAGCAAAAGGCUUAGGUGUUAUAUCACAGAUAUUCAACUAAUUGCACAUAAAUUGUUUCCCUCAACAGGGAAUUCACUUACAACCAAAUGAAAUGCGAGUUUAUGAGUUUUCCCGCAUAUUAGAGAUGACUUCUAGUGGUUCUAAAUUAUUUCACAGAGAUUUUAUCUUAAAAACGAAAAAUAAAUAUGAAAUGUGCUGAAAAUAA